AACAAGGAAACUAUACCUCUGAACGGCCGAAAUGCCAUUUUAGGCGAUCUCCUUCACAAUGCCUUCAUGGACGUGUGCUGUGUUUCCCGGUCAUCUUGUUCUGCUCAGCACAGCGAUGCAGCUUCUUCGGGCUGUCCCGAGGGUGGAGAAGUUCUCACCCUUGUUGUUAGCAAAGCUGGACAUCUGAUGCAAUUCAGUGACCAAAGAUAUCUGGACAAGUGGGUUGAGCUGCGGACUUCGCGAGCCAGUUGUCUGUCAGUGCAUCGCUCCUGGGUGACUGUGGGUUGUGCAAAUGGCACCUGCCUCCUGUUCGAUACAGAAAGCCUGCAAUUUCUUGCCCAGUUACCCUUACCGCAUCAGCUGGGUUCGGAGGCUCAUUUGUCUUUUUCCCCGGUGACACCUGCACCCGCAUCUUCCGAACAAUCCGAUUCCCCAACGUACCCAGAUUUGUUGGCUGUCAAGCUUGACUGCACGCGAUGUCGUGUUACUUGCUUCUACGCUGAUCACAGCGUUUACGUAUGGGAUGUCACCGAUUUGUCAGAUGUGAAACGGGCUGCUGCCUACUUUUACCAUAGUCGAGGUGUGUGGUCGGUGGAUUGUUUGUCUGAAUCAUGUCAGCGAACCGGAAAGGAGCGUAUACCGCAGUUCAACAGCAAGUCGGUCGGUCCAAGCUCUCCACCAACCUGGUGGUCUGACUCCACCUUUGUCACAUGUGCAGACGAUGGGACAAUCCGGUUUUGGAACGUUACGGACGAACUGGAACAAAAUGAUUCUGACAUGACCACGAGUCUGAUUGGGGAAGCGGAUCUGGUCAAGUCCGGUGUCCCGAGAGCAAAAGAACGACUUAUGCGAAUCAUCUUCACUGAUCCGACUCACAAGUUACUAUGCGUCAGUGAUCGUCCAACAGCCGAAUUGACCUUUGCUAAAUUCGAAGCUGGCGUUGGUCCCAUCGGCGGCCCUUCCCCGUCUUCAUCCUUAGGAGGACAACUUGACUCAGCUGCGCCUUCACCGUCUUCACCUACUGCUCCGUCACUUAGCGAAGCCUCGCUUGUUAACCGGUCGAACUGUACUCUGAUUCCCAGUGGUUGUUGUGUCCGUGCGGUUUGCAUCAGCCCUGACUGCCGACAUCUAGCCGCUGGGGACCGCGACGGGAUUCUUCGUAUCUACUCGCUUGCAAAUCUGGAGCAACAGUGUCAGAUUACCGCACACGACAGUGAAAUCUUAUCACUCAAUUUCUUCCGCUCCGAUAGUGUGCCGGAGCUGACUCUGUUAUGCUCGGCUUCACGUGACCGACUCAUCCAUAUAUUUGACCCGAACCAAGAAUACUCCCUUGUGCAAACGGUAGCUGAUCAUUCAGCUGCCAUUUUCGCCGCAAGAAUCAUCGAGACAGAGGAUGAUGGUGAGAUACGUCUAAUCUCGUGUGGAAUGGACAAAUCCUUACUCAUUAGAGUCCUUGAGCCGGAUGAAGCUGGUUUGACGGCGCACUUCGCCCUGGAACACCAUCUGGUGGGACGCUGUUCUCAGCUCGAUGCUGCAUUCACUCCAACCGUUACGACCUAUACCUCCGAUAACAAACCCGGCAAACGCAAACGUUAUUUGGCCGUGGCGUGUCAAGAUCGUCGUUUGCGUAUUUACAACAUUGCGACUGGCCGCCAGAUUCGAUGUUACCGUGGCAGUUUCAACGAAGACGGUUGCCUGGUGCGAUGUGCCAUUGAUCCCACUGGCUCUGUUGUGGCCACUUCAGGUUCCGACAAGCAGUUGAAUCUGUUCUACUUGCUUUCGGGUGAAUCCAUCGCCCCACUCUUUGGUCAUUCCGAACUGGCUCUUGGCCUUCGUUUCCUUCCCGAUCUUCGUCAUUUGGUCACAGUGAGUGCGGACAGUUGCGUAUUUAUCUGGCGGCUGGCUACCGACUUGACACAACACUUAAGCGACCGCUCUGCCGUGACUAGGCGAACUAGCUCAUGUUCAGGUUUGUCCACGACCUCAACUGUACCAAGUGGUCUACGUUCGACGGCAUCAUUUCGCCUACCAAGACCCCGUUUUGCUAAAGAAGAAAGAUCGGGAGGAGAAGACUCUAUCAGUCUUUCGUUCAAUCCAAGCUGGGGUGACUCGCCCACGGAGUACGAUCAGACUGACGAACCGGACGAAGACAGUGAAGUCGAUCUGCUCAAAUUGGACACUGACGAGUUGCUUCCGCGCGACUCUUGUCUUCUUGCUCGUAUUGGACGUCCGGCCGAUGUACCCGAUUCCAGUGAUUACGAUGACCGCAUUUCGUCGGUUUCUUACGACUCCUGUCAAACUGCAAAAAGCACGCUGUCUGAUCAGAAGGAUACAACUCCCAACAAACCGGCGUUCUACUUUAGUGUCAGUGCUCUUCCGGCGUGGGCUCGUCGAAAACUGAGCCGGCGGGAUUCGGUCGCGUUGGUGCCCCCAUCUCUCGAACAGCUGUCGCUGGCCGCACAUCCGGAACGUUUGGUCUCUCAUACGGACGUUCACGUGGAACGUUCACUUGUACCUACUCAAAAACACUCCACGCAGCCUGAUGAACAACCAAAGCCUGUCUUCGAUGCAAAUUCUGGUGUCUCUGUGAAGCAGACUGCAUUUGAGUUGACAGAAGGAUCCGGUAGUCCGCGGACGAGGUAUCUUCGUGCUGUGAAUCAGUCCGCUGACUCAAAUACCCGUCCAGACUUCCGGGUAACCCAUCCACCAGGACAUUCAGCCGUACAAACUCGAGUCGUGGAUUCUCGCACCUCACGGUCGAACGUUUCGCGGGAUGCUUCACCGAAAAGCAAUACAAUAUCCGCCCCCACAACGCCCUACCGUCGGGACAGGUUGUCCGCUGAAGCUAUUGGCAGACGAAGUAUGCAGCUCCCAAAGAAUCAUGUGUCCUCUGGGAGCACACCAAAUGUACGCUCCAUUGCCGUGCGUUCCGAAAGUACUCGUGCUAUACGGGCUUUCAGUCCACCAUCAAACAGUUCUACUUUUACUGUGGAAGAAGGCGACGAAGCAUCGAUGUGUAGUGGGUCUUCCCGCCGAGCUAGCACAUGUCGUGGUGGGCUCGAAAGAGCUCAUACUUCAUCCAGUCUACGAAGACCUGCUAUCAUGCGCCCAACACCUCAUUCGAAGUCUACUGUGGAACUAAGGUCGAAUAGUGGAUCAACUCGAGGUUCUUUGCUGAACAUCAGCAUGACAGGCUCGGAUCGACCUUCUGAAUCCUGUGUCACCUUACCUACGACAGAGUCUGAUCAGGCGCCGUCAGUGCUUAUAUCCGCGUCCCCCAACCAAAUUUCUCUUGGCACUUUGGAAGGAAUCUCUGAGCGAUCAUCCCCAAAUCAUACAAACAAUAGUUCAUUUCUCGGUGAUUCCCGCAGCGUGACCCCAUUGGCGUGCUCUUCAACCAGAAUUAACGGAACAGAAUCGACAUCGUCCCCGGUUAGAUCUCCCGUGGAUUCACUGAACGAGGCAGAAGCUGGUUCUCGUCGACCGGCCUACACAGCACCAACCAUUGCAUCACGCCAGAAGGUAUAUCCACCGAAUACUCAGGAUCAUCCAGCCACUGUGAUCAUGCGCCCGAAAAACACGGAAUCGUCCACCUGUCUGAUAAAAAAGGCCUCAUCUGCGCUAUCCGUAGAAGUAAAUUCCUGUUCAAACCAAUUUUCUGAAAGACAAUCGGGCGGGAAGAAUACUGUUCGCCUAGGCUCACCUUUCCCGCGCACGCCUGAUGCUAUGCCCAUUUGCUCAGCCAGCCAUACAUGCCUCUCACAAUCAGAGGCUCCCAGCCCUCAAUCUCCACAACUCUCUCGUGCUCGUUGGGCACCUGCUUCUUGUUCACCGAGGAAGCAACAACCGAUGUCACAGCGUAAGGAGCCACUCAUCGGAAAGUCAGCCACCACUUCUCGUCCCAACCGGCCGAAAGAUCUAUUUGCCCCUUCAACCGGUCGUGUUUUGGAGAACCAAACAACUUUGAACUCGCCUGUAUCUCGAGUUAUCAAUUGUGAUUCGGGUGGCCAUGCUCCAAAUUCUGUUUCUUCCCCUUUGGAGAAGCCAUCGGUUCAUUGUCGGACCCGUACUCUUCCUGGAUCUCGUCGUGGCUGCACGGAGUUAGGACAGUUCCAUUCCACACGUGCCGCGUUCCAUCAUGUUCAAGAAGCUCUGGAUACUGCCUUAAAACAUUGUGCCGAUUUCAGACGCAUGAAUUCUGAUCAGGUGGAAGAGCUACAGACACUACGCUCGCUGAUCACAGAAGAACUCGAAUGGCGCUUCACCCAACUUCGUGCUAUGUUGGGUUUGGAACCAGUGUGCGUGGAUCCACCAGUCGCACGCGUUCUGCUUGCUGAUCUGGUCGAACGACUUAUACCAGAGUUGCGAACUUCUGUUCAGUCUGACAAUGUUGAUGCGAUCGAAGAUUCUUCCGCUGAUUUCAAAGAUGUUAAAUCUCAACCUGAAGGAUCCUACGAGUGGAUAGUCGACAGCACCACAGGAGCUUCCCCUAUGAAUUCCAGGCGGACUGCUGAAUCGCACAAUGUCUUUUCAGAUCAUGCAAAAUUUGAACUCAGUUUGGAAGGUGAAGAAGAGCAAAGUUGAUUACUUGUAUCUCUGGCUUUCUUUUCUACCCAGUUCUUUCAUGUAUUGCUUUCCAGUUGCGCAUUUAUCCUGGCUGGCUGCCUCUAUGCCAAACAACUUCAACGGUUGAAUUAUUCCCUCGAAGUUUGACUUCACAGUCCCAACUACACCUUGCAUUUCUAUCCUUCCCCCUGCAUUCUCGCUUAUCCAUGUCAGUUCGACUCUUUCGACCGUACUCAGUUGCGUUUUGCCUUGCAGCGAUAUGUACUGCUUGCAUGCGCAUAAAAUAUCUAUUUAUGGAGCCAGUCAGGUUUCAUUUGGCUCCUCUGUAUGUUCCUUGGGCACUCCUCCAUUACUUCACCACCUGAAUCACUCCACAUUUUCUAGCUUCGUUUGGCGAUCAUGUGAAGGAAAUUCCUCCGACUGAUUACCCAUUUUGCCAAACAUCACAUUAACUGAGAAUUUCCAACUGCCUAGUUCUUCCAAACUCUGAUUUAUUAACUUUUUAACCUUAUAUCAAUAAACGUUUACUUCUAACUUGCUCAAGCUCUGUGGUUCUCAGGCAAAGUGAAGUGGGACCGAAGAUUUUGAAGACGCCAACUGUGCUACUCCUGAUUGUUGGUGCGAAUGAGGCAUUUGACACUCAUCUUCAAGUGUUUGUGAAUUUUUCACUGUUUUUGUUGUGCGCUAACUCCCCAGUAUUAUAUGUCGUUUACGGCAAACAUGUGGCCAAGACAUGUUCACG